AUGCAAAAAAUUAAUCUGGUUUCAAAGAAAUUACAGGCCAGUGGCCUCUACCAUGUGGCUGUUCCCUCACCAGUGCCAGCUUGUGAGCCUGAGCCCAAAACUAACGGGCACUACCCAUCUCCACAAUUCUCUGUUUCCUCCCGAGCCACUGUUGUUGCUGCCAUGGAAGCCCCUUCUCAAGGCCGGCAGAAGGUCAUGGAUUGGAGAGCAGUGGUGGCCAUCUUUAUCGUGGUGGUAGUUUACCUGGUGGCGGGAGGACUUGUCUUCCGUGCUCUGGAGCAGCCCUUUGAAAGCAGGCAGAAGAACACAAUCGCGUCAGAGAAGGCUGACUUUCUUCGGGAGCACGUUUGUGUCACCGAGCUAGAGCUGGAGACACUGAUUCAGCAUGCUGUUGAUGCUGAUAACGUAGGCGUCAGUCCUGUUGGAAACUCCUCUAACAACAGCAGUCAUUGGGACCUUGGAGGUGCCUUUUUCUUUGCUGGAACAGUCAUCACUACUAUAGGGUAUGGGAAGAUUGCCCCAAGCACUGUUGGUGGCAAGGUUUUCUGCAUCUUGUAUGCCCUAUUUGGGAUUCCACUGUUUGGCUUCCUGCUGGCUGGGAUUGGAGACCAACUUGGAACCAUCUUUGGGAAGAGUAUUGCAAGGGUGGAAAAAGUUUUCAGAAAUAAACAAGUGAGUCAAACAAAGAUCCGGGUGAUCUCCACCAUCGUUUUCAUCCUGGCAGGCUGCAUCGUCUUUGUCACCAUUCCUGCAUUUAUCUUCAAGUACAUCGAGGGAUGGACAGCCUUGGAGUCCAUUUACUUUGUAGUUGUCACUUUGACCACUGUUGGCUUCGGUGACUUUGUAGCAGGAGGAAAUGCUGACAUCAAAUACAUGGAGUGGUAUAAACCCUUAGUGUGGUUCUGGAUUCUUGUUGGCCUUGCCUACUUUGCUGCUGUUCUGAGUAUGAUUGGAGACUGGUUAAGAGUCCUGUCCAAGAAGACACAAGAAGAGGUUGGAGAAAUAAAAGCCCACGCAGCAGAGUGGAAAGCAAACGUGACGGCUGAGUUCAGAGAGACACGGAGGCGGCUCAGCGUGGAGAUCCAUGACAAGCUUCAACGGGCAGCCACCAUCCGGAGCAUGGAGCGCAGGCGCCUGGGCCUGGAGCAGCGAGCCCACUCCUUGGACAUGCUCUCUCCAGAGAAGCGCUCUGUCUUUGCUACCUUGGAAACAGGACGCUUCAAAGCCUCCUCUCAGGAAAGCAUCAACAACAGGCCUAACAACCUGCGCCUUAAAGGGUCAGAUAAGCUCAACAAGCAUGGGCAGGGGGCAUCUGAGGACAACAUCAUUAACAAAUUUGGAUCGUCUGCUAAGAUGACCAAAAGGAAAAACAAAGACCUCAAAAAGACCAUGCCUGAGGAUAUGCAUAAAAUUUAUGAGACCUUCAGAAACUAUUCCUUGGAUGAAGAAAAAAAGGAAGAGGAGACAGAGAAGAUGUGUAAUUCCAAGAACACUUCUAGCACUGCAGUUCUGACCAACUGUAUUCAGCAGCACUCAGACCUGGAAAAUGGAGUGAUUCCCAGUGAAGCCAAAGAAAGGAAGCAUAAAAACAAAGUGUUACUUUAAGACAGAAGUUAAAUGUAAAAGAUGCUUGACUUGAAUUAACAAUGUUGGUGUUUUUAUAUACAUAUAUAUUGAGACACGUGCCUUAUACAGACUCCUUAUUCAGUCUGAAUUAUAUAGCAUCCAAGAAUAUUUCACUGUGCCAUAAAGACUCAAGCUUGCUCUGCCAAAACAAAUCAGGAACACAGCACUGCAGAAUGGCAAAAGAGAGCUACGCACAUGGAAAUUUCAGCCUGUAUAAGAUUACCAGGGCAAGACACAAAGGAAGGGAAUGGACCACAGCAGUAUCACCAGAGGGCUCCUACCAUGGUGUGAUAUUAGACAAAGGGCAGCUAUGCAAGCAGGGCCUCUGAAAGGGAUGAAACACAGUGUAUCUUUGUAAUGGAGUAUGCAUCCAUAAAGCCUUCCCCUGGUGAUUAAAAAGAGGAGAAAUGAUUGGAGUGAACUAGAAACUUUCAGUAAGGCUUAGUUUACAUUUUGGCACGUGAUCCAAGCUAGAUUUUUUUUCCCCCUAUACUGGAGUCAGAUGCAUUACCUUUCUAAAUGCCAAAAGAAUGUCCGUGGACACAGCUAGCAGCUGGGUGCUGGUUGGAAAAUCAACAUUGACAUAAGUAAGGGUUGGAUUGCUCUUUUCAUUAAAAAAGCAAAAAAAAAAGAAAAAGAAAAAAAUAAACCAAAAAAACUCUGUGGGUAUUUAUCUUAAGCAAUGAAAAAAAAAAAAAACCAACAAAAAAAAGAAAAGAAACAAAUGGAUUUUUUUUCUCAUGUAGGAAAAUUCAGUGUAAAGUCACAGCAAGAGAGUGCAUAUGAAGAAAAUUCGUCUCAUGUUAUGUUGUUUAAAAGAAGAGAAACAUCAAUUUAAUGAUAUUUGGCUAAAAGUAUAAAACAGUGGGCCAACUUUUUUUUUUUUAAAUUUCUUAUUCACACUUUCCACCACUGAAAAAGCCCCUUCUAUUUUAAUGCUGUAAGACUAUAAGGACAGAAGGGAAGCUGUAGCUUUUGCAUGUCAGCAAACUGCUGUUCUCUAGCUGAAUCUGAAUUUUUAAAAAUAGUCAUAAAAGCAUAUACGUGAUUCAAAUGAGGGCCAGGGCUACCAUAGAAUCUCAGGGCUCUCUGCUCCCUUUUACUGGGUUUGGUUUAGACAUAAGCUGCUGUCAUAGACUCAGAAAAAAAAACAGAAAAAAAGAAAAAAAAAGAAAUUUAGGAAAAAAAUAUUGUGGUAAUCUUUUAAGUGCUUAUAGCUAUAAGUGCCAUUAAUGCUGUCAUAUUUUGUAACUUUUUAAACAAGUAUUUUGAAUUAUUUUGUUCAUUUCCUUUCAAGUAUGAUCUUUGUUGGAAAUUUGCUAUCCCUUUUAUUGAUAAAAACUAAACAUGAGCUCGCUGCAUUUCUAGACUAAAGUGAAAUGUAACUAAACUGUGGGCAUUUUUAAAAAUCCUUUGUGC